GAAAAAUGUGGUGCACUCUCGAAUCAUAUAAUAACACCUUUGAAUGUGCUUCAAAUGCAACUCAAGGUCCAUCACUGACUACUGAUGAGAAUGCUUUAGCUGAAGUUCAGAAUGCCUCUGAUGUAUCAGCAUCGGAGAUGCGAAACGUUGUGAAUCUUCAGCAAACUAGUCAUCCAGAUUUAGAAACCGUAUUUGAGGAGAGCUGUGUCUUAAACAAUAGGAAUCAAUACCCUCCUAAUAUGGUGUUUGAUCCUCAAUAUCCAGAAUGGUAUUAUGACAUGGUCACACAAUCAUGGUACACGCUUGAGUCAUAUAACCAUGCCCUUCAUGAUGCUUCAAAUGUGACUCAGGGCCAGUUUGCUGCCAAUGUGAAUGCUUUAGAUAAAGUUCAGAAUGCCUUUGAAGGACCUGUACAGGAGAUAUUGGAUGCUGUGAAUCUUCAGCAGACUAGUCAGCCAGUUUUAGAAGCCAUAUCCGAGAAGACCAGUGUAUUUAACAGCAAUAAUCAUGGUCCUCAAGAUAGCAUAUGCUACACUCCUAGUAUGCUGUUUGAUCCUCAAUAUCCAGGAUGGUAUUAUGAUACAAUCUCACAAAUGUGGCACACUCUUGAGUCGAAUAAUCAUGCUCUUCAUGAUGCUUCAAAUGCAACUCAAGGGUUGUUGACUAACAAUGCGAAUGUUUUAGCUGGAUUGAGCAUAGAUGAACACCCCCACUUAUAUGGAAAUCAUGCACAAUCUGGCCAAUCAGCAAUGCUGGAGAAAAGUCAACAAAAAAGUGACUGGAAUGCAUUUGCUAGUGGCUUUAAUAAACAGAGCAGGUGGGAGGAGAAGACUGGUCAUAAAGGUCAUUGGAAUACUUCUGGCGGAGGAUAUGGUCCUCCCAGCAUGUGGCAGGAGCAAACUAGUAAAGGAAGUCAUCCAGAUAAACAAUUAGAUUCUAUCAAUUUAGAACCCAUUGUGAAGCUUAACUAUGGCAGAAGCAACUUGACUUCUGCUUCGAGUUAUGUUUCUUCAGAAAGCAUUAAUCACGUUAAUCACCCUAACGUGAAGCUGUGUGCAAAUUCUAUUUAUUCAAAAUUUUCAUGUACUCCUAAUGAAGUGAGAUCAACAGCUGGGCGUCCUCCACAUGCAUUGGUUACUUUUGGAUUUGGUGGAAAGAUUAUAGUCAUGAAAGAUGACAGCUUUUCAAACUCAAGUUCGGUUUCUGGAAGUCAGGAAAGUGCAGGAGGUGUGGUGUUGAUUCAUACCUUAGUGGAUGUUGUGAUGACUAAAGCAGACUUUUCAAACACUUCUGUUGGUUACUUUCAUGCUUUGUGCCAUGAUUCCUUUCCUGGGCCACUUGUUGGUGGGAGUGCAGCAUCCAAAGAUGUAAAUAAAUGGAUCAAUGACAGGAUAACGAGAAGUGAAUCUUCAGGCAUGGAUGUCCAAAAUGGUUUACUUCUAAAGUUGCUUCUUUCUUUACUGAAAAUAUUGUGUCAACACAAUGGCAGGCUUCGAUCUCCAUAUGGCAUCAACCCCUCACAUGAGGGAAGUGAUGGCCCAGAGUCGGCAGUUUCAAUGUUGUUUGCUUCUGCUAAAAGAAGCAAUGCUCCUGUUGGCGGUGGUUCUUCCAGACAUUGCAUGACAAAUCCACCCCCUGAAGCAAAUAUAAGGGCUACUGUUACUGAGGUACAAAAUCUUUUGGUUUCUGGAAGAAGAAAAGAGGCACUCCAUUGUGCGCAAGAGGGUGAAUUGUGGGGCACUGCUGUUGUUCUUGCAGCACAGCUUGGUGAGCAGUUCUAUGCUGACACUGUGAAGCAAAUGGCACUUCAGCAGUUUGUAUUUGGUUCACCACUAAGAACCUUAUUCCUUCUUAUUGCUGGGCAACCUGCAGAUGUUUUCUCUGCAGAUAGCUCCACCAGUGGCUCAUCUGGUGCUGUUAAUAGAUCAUACCAAUGUUCUGAGGUUCAACCGAAUGGCCUAUUAGAUGACUGGCAAGUGAAUCUUGCAAUAAUUGCUUCAAACAGAACAAAGGAUGAUGAACUUGUCAUUAUUCACCUUGGAGAUAGCCUAUGGAAGGAGAGAGGAGAGGUAACUGCUGCACAUGCCUGCUACUUGCUUGCAGAAGUAAACUUCGAGCCAUACUCUGACAGUGCAAGGCUCUGUCUUAUUGGUGCUGACCACUGGAAGAAUACUCGAACAUAUGCUUGUCCAGAUUCCAUUCAGAGGACUGAAAUAUAUGAAUAUUCAAAGGUCCUUGGAAACUCGCAGUUUGUCUUGUUACCUUUUCAACCAUACAAACUUGUUUAUGCUUACAUGCUGGCUGAAGUGGGAAAAGUAUAUGAUUCACUAAGGUAUUGCCAAGCAUCCAUGAAGAUGUUGAAAUAUUCUGGCCGCUCUGCGGAGGUAGAGUUGUGGAGGACGUUGUUCUCAUCUUUGGAGGAAAGAUUGAGAAACCACCAACAGAGUGGAUACAGCACAAACUUGGCCCCAACCAAACUUGUGGGCAAACUGUUCAACUCCAUUGAUCGUUCCAUACACCGCAUGAUUGGUGUACCACCCCUUCCACCAAUGCUACAGAAAAGUGGAGAAGACAGAGAUAAUAACUCUCUAGGCCAAAAAGUAUCAAGUAGCCAGUCAGCAACGGCCAUUACAUCUUUGAUGUCUUCACCAUCAAUAGAGGCUAUAAGUGAGUGGACAGGUGAUGGCGGUGGGAAGGUCGUGCACAACAGAAGCAUUUCUGAGCCAGAUUUUCGAAGCACAAAAAAUAACUUAUCAAAGAGCAGCGGCUCAUAUGGACAAAGCAAUGCAUCAAUAUCUGGCGGACCGUCACGCUUUGGACGCAUUGGCUUUCAGAUUCUUCAGAAGACCAUUGGUUGGGUUUCACGGACUAGACCCGAUCGCCAGGCAAAACUCGGCGAGAGCAACAAAUUCUAUUAUGAUGAAAAACUGAAGAGAUGGGUGGAGGAAGGUGCUGAGCUUCCAGCUUCAGAAGCUUUCCUGCCACCACCUCCUAUGGCUGCUUCUUUCCAGAAUGGUAAAUCAGAUUAUGAUGUGAAGAAUGUCUUGAAGAGUAAUGGCCUUAUUAUGGAUGCUAAGCAAGAAACACAACUUGAUACUCCAUCAGAACAAGUGUUUGGCUUGCCACCAGUGCCACCAAGCCAAAAUCAGUUCUCAGCUCGCAGCAGAGGCGGGGUCCGAUCAAGGUACGUAGAUACUUUCAACAAACGCGACGGAUCUGUUACGAGUACAUUCCAUUCGCCCUCUGCUCCAUCUGUGAAGCCUUUGUCUGGUGCCAAUUUCUUCAUUCCUUCUGCUCCUGCAAAUCAUGAAGAUCAGACAAGUGAUGCUUCUAUAAGAUCAAGCAUCCAUGAAACCGCCAUUACUGAAGAACCUUCCACUUCUGUUGUCCAAGAUUCAAUAUUUUCUCCACCAUCAAAUUAGACUUCUUCAUCCAGGCAAAGGUUUUUGAGCAUGGAUAACAUUACCACAUCACAAAGUUUGUCAAGUGGCAAUGUCUCCAUCUCCCAAAGUGUGGCAUCAUGGAGUGGAGCCCAUCCAGCCAUUUCAAAUACUAAAUCAGUUGAAAUGAAGCAACAUUUUUUUCCCACUUUGGUAUCGCAAAAAUGAUACUCAUCACAUUCAAUCAGAUUGCAGUUCAUCUCUAACAGCUCGAUGCAGUUUGUUCUGUACCAGAUGAUCUUCAUGAUGUCGAGCUCCACCAUCAACCCGUUUUGAGCGCCUUUUGUACAUAUAAUUUGUUCAUUGUAUUAAAAAAUGGAUAAUCCCUGUUGCAAAAAAAAAAAAAAAAAAAAAAAGAAAAAAGAGUUAGCCUUGGGGAAGAUGAAAUUGUUGUUCAGCGGGUGUAUUGAAUAUGCAGUCAUAUUUAUAACAUAUGUAGGUGAGGUUUCAUAUGCAGGAACACUUCUUUGCAGAUUCUAGUAUUGGGAAGAAAAAGAAAGUGUAAUAAGUACCUUCUUGUUAUGUUUCAGGCAGUAAAAUCUUACUCAUUUUUUUUUUGUAGUUUUUCUUCUCUCUCCCUUGUGAUGUAUAUGCUACACUGUCCACCGGCUUAUUUAAUGGAAAAUUUAAUUGCAUA